CAUUUUUGUCAAUAUUCAUGACCGUGCAAGUAAAGGAAAAUCGUGUGUUAAGGUUAGACAUGGGCUCACACUUUUCUUUACUUAUUCAAUAGGAGAGGAAAGAAGGAUUAAUACAUAGGUACUCAAAGUUUUCAAAUAAACUGUGGGAUUGGUGGUGUGUUCGCAUUCCUUUUGUGCGAUAUGUAGCUAUUGUCGCUGAUACAAAUGCGAACCUACAACAAAAUAUCAACUCUGUUUUGCACGUUUGCGCGGCCAGUGUUCUAAUUGUAUGCAAAUAAACAUUGAUAAAUUUGUUCUAUAAUUGCUACCCACUUUGGACUUAAUACCAGCUAACGUUAAAUCUGUCGGCUUGGUUGUUCGACUUGGAUACAGAAAAGCGAAUGGAAAGGUGCAUGUGAAGAGAAAAAUAAAUCGAUCAACAUGCAAGAAGAGAGUGUAGAGAUCAUACCUAGCCUGGCGGUGCUAAAGAAAAGUGAGUCAAUGCCAGAUGGGACCCCAACAGUAAGAGGGUAUGACUUUAGCGAGGGAGUGGAUUAUCACAAGCUUUUACAGUCCUAUGCUACCUCCGGAUUUCAGGCACAGAAUUUUGGUCGCGCUGUCGAGGAAAUCAACAGAAUGAUUCAUUGUAAGUUGCUACCAAUUGACGACAAAAAUGUAAAGGAGCUGAUUGGACACCCGACAGGCCGAAGCAGGACCAACUGUUCAAUUUUCCUGAGUUAUACGUCCAAUAUGAUUUCAUCCGGAGUGCGCGAGACAAUCCGAUACCUGGUACAGAACAACAUGGUAGAUUGCCUGGUGACAACAGCAGGCGGCAUUGAGGAAGACUUUAUGAAGUGUUUUGCACCCACAUAUGUCGGGGACUUCGCUCUGAAAGGACACAGCCUCAGGGAGAAGGGAAUUAAUCGUGUCGGGAACCUACUAAUUCCUAAUGACAACUACGAGAAGUUUGAUGCCUGGAUCAUUCCCAUCCUAAACACAAUGCUCCAGGAACAAAAGGAAAAGGGAACGUUGUGGACGCCAUCACGUGUGAUCGACCGUCUUGGGCGAGAAAUCAACAAUCCUGAUUCUGUUUACUACUGGGCACAUAGGAACAACAUUCCCGUCUUCUGUCCAGCCAUCACGGACGGUGCCCUCGGGGAUGCUAUUUACUGCCAUUCUGUCAAGAAUCCUGGCCUAGUGAUUGAUCUCGUACAUGACAUUCGAGCGAUCGGAUCCGUAUCCAUCAAUGCCGUGCACUCUGGUAUGAUAAUUUUGGGAGGAGGCGUCAUCAAACACCAUACAUGCAAUGCAAACCUUGCGAGAAAUGGGGCGGACUUUGCGGUGUACCUGAACACGGCUCAAGAGUUUGACGGCAGUGACUCGGGUGCGAACCCAGACGAAGCUGUCUCCUGGGGAAAAAUCAAAUCCAACGCAAAACCUGUUAAGAUAUGUGCGGAGGCUUCCCUAGUUUUCCCUCUUCUUGUGGCGGAAACCUUUUCCCAACGACAAAAUGAGUUUACCGCUCCUACUCCGCGUACUGAGACAACGGCUCAGGAUGAUACUGGAAAGAACUGCGAAAUGUUUUAAUUUAACAAGGCAAAUUUGUUCAGGUCUUGUGUAAAAUGGACCACGUGAAAUUAAAACAUCCUACAGUUAUUUACACAAUCAAUUAUCUCCUAUGGAAAUAAUCAUUAAAUUAUAUCCAUCAUCAUACAAAACACUCGCUUCUUUUUGGGUGUAACAACGAUUUUUAGUAGUUUAAAAGAAUCCACUGGUUAUUUUUACUUGAUAAUUUGUGCAUCCUAUUGAAACAAUUGUCAUCUUCAUGACUGUAGUAAAUAUACAGCAAAGUUGAUGCAGACAUGACUGAUAUAUUUAUACUACAUAACAGCUUAUCACAGUUUUAAACGUUAAAACAUAUAACACAAAAAUAUAUUUACACACUUUUUUUAUAUUAUAUUACUUUAAACAUUUCUUAUUCUAUGUUAAAGCAGAACACAAAUCUCAUAAAACCAGAACACAAAUACACACAAAUGCACGCACGAACGUACACAUAUAGUCUUAUGCAUUUAUCACAGUUUGUUCAUUUCGAUUAGUUAAUGUUCUAAUAGACACCCCUAUCCACUUGUGUGGAAGUUGUCAAUAACAAUCAUUGUUUUCAUGCAAUGUCCCUUAAACUCAAACAUCAGCAAAACGCUUAUUCAUGUUAUGAAAGAAACUACAGAAGUAAACGUUGAAUUAAUUCUAAAUGGAAAUACGAACAACGACCACGAGAACAACUGCAGAAUCUUCACUUUUGUUCAGAUUUAUUUCUAAGAUUGAAAACGCUAUUAUCUAAACUGUCCCCUACUCCCUUGCUUGUGUAUCCAAUUGUCUCCAUCUUUAUCUCUUGUCUAUCUCCCUUCUAUAUCUCUAUAUUCCCUUCUGUCUUUAUUGUGUACCCAAUUGUCUCCAUCGUUAUCUCUUGUCUAUCUCCCUUCUAUAUCUUACCAACGGUCAAUCUCUCAGUAUAAAUAUGAUAUCUUGUUUUUUCAUCAAUGAAUACUGUUUUGAUAUUAAAAAACUUUCUCAUACAUAUAUACUUCCAAGGUGUUCAUUCCAUCGCUUAUGAAUGUAAGUUAAACUAUGAGGAGAGAAACAUUAUAAGGUCUGCUAUCGCUUUAGCCGAUUUAAUCUAUCAUGUAUAAAAUGACAUCGACGUUGCAAUGUGUGAUAUUUAUGUUGAAUAAAAUAUGUUUAAUA